UAUGCUGUAUAGUGCUUUCCUGAUUCUGACGAUGUUUGUGCGUGCCUGGUACGACUACUGUCUCACCACCGCGCUCGCUGUCACCGCUGUCGCGUGAGGAGGCUUGCGUUUGCCUCGCGUACACGAACAUUACAGUGCGAUACAUCCAGACACUACGUGUGUGUCGCCUGAACGACAUGUCAAGUCAAAUAUGUCUAAAGUGGAACAGUUUUCUCAGCAAUAUUGCAACCAGCUUCGAGAGCCUGUGGGAAGAAGAGGGUCUGGUGGAUGUGACACUCGCGAGUGACGGACAGUGUCUCACAGCGCAUAAGGUGAUACUUUCGGCGAGCAGUCCCUUUUUUAAGAAGAUCUUUCAGACAAAUCCAUGUCAACAUCCAGUUAUAAUACUUCAGGAUGUACACUUUAGUGAAUUGGAGGCAUUACUUAUAUUUAUAUAUAAAGGAGAGGUGAAUAUUGAACAAAAGAAUUUACCAGCACUCUUAAAAGCAGCAGAAACAUUACAAAUUCGAGGUCUAUCUGGUGGAGACAUUUUUGGAAAGGAGUCCUACAAACGAUUGGCUGAAUUAGAGCAAGCUGAGAGUGAAGAUGCAACACUUACUAAAGAGGAAGCACCUAAGAAGAAACAGAAACUUAACAAACAACAAAAUAAUUCUAUUUUAGAAAAAGCACUGACACCUAGAAUAUCACAAUCAGAAAAUACAAAUGAAUCUGCUACCAGUGAUCAAAGUGGAAAAGAUGGAGAGUACAUGUUGCCUGAAACAUUACCCAAUCCAGUGUAUCAUCGUUUGGAGAUGAAAAUAGAACCAUUGGAAGUGGCAGUAGAAGACCUUCAAAAACAGUCUCCUUUAGAUAAAGAUUCAAGAGAAAGGCUAGAUACAGGACAAACAGAUGGAAAUCAAGGGUCUGGGAACAGUCCUGCUGAAGACAUUUCCGGCUUGUCCGGUCUAAGUGGAUUCUCGGACGUCAAGCCGCAGCUUUACUCGUAUCAGCACCUACCUUACGCCGAUCUCUUGCCAAAUCCUGAUAUAAUCUCGACCUGGGCGUCAUCACGACCGAUGGACCAUCUCGCUUGUGACCUCAUGAAGAUUCUUUUUACACCCGAGGAGAGGAUUCUCUGCAACGUCAACGGCAAGAUGGGCAAGCAGCAGUUUGACAGUAAUAAGAUACAUCUGAUUCGGGAAGUUUUAUUGCACUUUAGCGGCAUAGCGCCUAACAGCAUUGAGUGGGAAGAGACCUGGAAGAAUUGCGUAACCAAAAUCGACACUAGCAAUAGAGGUUUGAAAAGGUAUUUAUUUCAGAGACGUUCAAAAUUCCUUAUAGGAUCAUCAAAGCCGAUUCUGAAAGUGAUAGCCGAAGCUCGCAACAUUUCUCCAGGUUCACGAACACACGAGAAAAAUCCGCUUGCAGUUGAACAGACUUUAUUGUGGAAUACUUCUAACAUGUUGGAGAAUCCACGAUCUGAUUCACCAAAUCAAUCUUGUGUCGAACAAAUGUUAGAUUAUUCCGAGAUCUCAAAUUUGCCUGUGAAUCACAAUUCUGAAGUUCUGAAAUCCGGAUUUCCUAUAUUCACUGAGCCAGGACCUACAGAUUUAUCGGAAGAAACUAUAAAAGGGGGACAUUCGACAUAUCCACCGUUUCCCUGCCCUUUUUGCGACAGAGCUUACACGAGUUGGGGUUUUCGUAGAAGACACAUAAAAGCCGUUCAUACUAUCUCUCCAUCUCUUAAUUGCAAGUGGUGUUUACAAGUUCUUCCUACGCAUGCGGCUUGGAGACGACAUGUGAUAUCGACACACAAUCUAUCAGCUAGUGACGCGCAUAACGGUCUCUUAAUUUUAGAAGAAGCGCACAUGGUUUUGCAAAUAGCGCAUCCUACUAAAUUAGAUACAUUGGUUAACAUUAUUAAACAAAAUUCUCAACAAAACUAUGGCCACAACAACACUCAACCGGAUUAGAAGAUUAAGUUGCAGUUAUUGAUCA